CAUCAGGCGAAGACUUUCGAGGGAAGGAAGAAGGAGGACUGACGAGUGAGGAGGACCGGGGAGGGACGAACGAGGCCGCCGCCGCCGCCGAAGUAGAAGAAGAAGAAGAAGAAGAGGAGGAGGAGGAAGGAAGGACGACCCGUCCCGUCUCCCGUGUCCGUCAGCCAGAGGAGCCAGGCAGUGUCCCCUUCGACGUCUGUGCUUACGGUUGUGGUAGUGGUGUGAUUAGUAUGCGGCUCCUCUCGUAGAGAGCCGCCCCCCCCCAAACCCAGACGAAGACAGAUCUCUCGUAGGACACCGUAUUUAUAUAUAUCCUUCGAAGGGCGGAGGAGAGAGAGAGGGAGAGGAGGAGGAGGCGCGCGAGCGACGCCCAACUACUGCCAAGAUUAAGCGGAAACAGGCGCCCAAGAUGACGGAGUACAAGCUGGUGGUGGUGGGAGCGGGAGGUGUUGGAAAGAGUGCGCUCACCAUUCAGCUUAUCCAGAAUCAUUUUGUUGACGAGUAUGAUCCCACGAUAGAAGAUUCCUAUCGGAAGCAAGUCGUUAUUGAUGGAGAAACCUGUCUUCUAGACAUCCUUGAUACAGCUGGCCAAGAAGAAUAUAGUGCGAUGCGUGACCAAUAUAUGCGGACAGGAGAAGGUUUCCUUCUGGUUUUUGCUGUCAAUAACGCUAAAUCUUUCGAAGACAUUAGCACUUAUCGCGAACAAAUAAAACGAGUCAAGGAUGCAGAUGUGGUUCCCAUGGUUUUGGUGGGAAACAAGUGUGACCUACAGGUGCGCGCCAUGGACAUGCAACAGGCGCGAGAAGUUGCAAGAAACUACGACAUUCCGUUUAUUGAGACUUCGGCCAAGACCCGCAUGGGAGUCGAUGAUGCCUUUUACACCUUAGUUAGAGAAAUUAGGAAAGAUAGGGAACAUAAGAAGAAGAAAAAGAACAAUUCAGGGUCCAAAAGACCGUGUAUUAUAUUGUAGAGAGACUAUUGUGUUGUGCAGACUUUACAAAAUAAAAAAGGAUAAAAAGCAAGGCUUAAGGAAUGGCAUGUCCUCUUACUUGGGCCUAAUUAAUGGCAUGUACACUUGUUUUCAUCACUCGGUGCAGGAUAAGUUUUGUCAGUGCUGUAUGUUGACAUACAAUUCUACCCUCAUUCGGAAGUCGAAGAGAACGAAGUCAUAUGCAGAGCUGUGAAUGUAUUUUACUCAAGGUCUACAAGGAGUAGGAAUGGUUUUGGGGGAAAGUUGUCCUUGGAAAAGGUGCAGUUGUUGUUGAUGUUUAAAAAACCAUGGUUUUUGCUAUAAUUUCAUUUCUGCAAUCAUGGAAAAUACAAGCUAAAAUAUCAUUAGAAGUAAACUCUUGUUUUCUUUAAUGUAAUGAUCUUAUUUUAUGAGAAUUUUCCCAAUACUAUUAAUUGGUUUACUUAUGCAAGUUACUCGUGUCUUAUUAAUUUUAGGCAGCUUAUACAUUUUUCUCCCUUUAAUCUUUUAAAAAAUGUUCUUAGAACCAAAAUUUAAUGUAGGAUUAAACCAUUACUAAAUUCACAUAUAUACGUAUACUGAAAGUACUAUUCCAUUGCUCAUCAUGUAUACCUUUGAUUCAGUUUAGAUUAAUUUGUUGCAAGAAACUAGAACAUCAUGAAUAUAAAUUGGUCUGUUUGUAACAGGUUUUCUUCCUUUACAAGUUUAAAAAAUGAAAAAAAUUGACAAUGGUACCAGUUUCAUAGCGUAACUGAUAACCCUCAUCAGUUAUUUCCUUGUUUUUGGUACUUCAUUCUUGGAGGAGGAUUGUUCAAAAAUGUCUCGCUUAGACCCUUGCAUUUUUAUACAGUAACUUUUUCCUGUAUUGCACAGAGAUUUUUAACUUGUGGAGCAGAGGUGGCCCAAAAAUUGUCAUGGAGUUGAGCAUUGAAAUAAUUUUUCCUUUAUUCACUGUUAACAUACAAAUUAGAGACUACACUAUUGAUGUUGAAUUGUAAUCAGUUAAGUAUCCUGUAUCUUGCAAACUUCAUGUUUGGGAUACAGAAACUUUCUUUACUGCAGUAUUUAAAGCUGUAUUUAUUGUAUAGUAAGUAACCUUACAGAUUUUGACCACCCACUGACUUUCUGGCGACGACAACUUUUCUCACUGAAAGUUCCAAGUUCGUGUGAACGAGACUUAUUUUGAUGAGGCGUCAAAAUUACGAGUGUGUCGAUCUGGAAAAAAAUAAAUGAUCUCAUGGAGUUCUUAGCUGGACGUAAAGUACAUCGUGUAGUUUGCAAGUCCGCGGAGGGGUAAGUCUUUCGAUACGCGGGGCUGCUUGUGAUGGAGUGGUCAUUUCUAUCUUUCAUUUGUGUGUGACUAAGUGAAUCCCCCCUUGUAUUUAGUGAGUGUGUCAUGGCGUCUUCAAUUCAAUGUUUGAGAAAAUGCAUGGACGUUGAACUAGCUGUUAGCCAGUCCAGAGUUUGUUGCAUCCUAAUGGCAGACAACUUCUUUAAACAACUGAUAAAACUUCUUUUUUGAGAAAGAGGUGUGUGUAGGUGAAUUUUUGUUUUCUCUGGGAAGUUUUUUUUUGUAAAUAUUUAAAAAGCAGGAGUCUAGUAAAUAUUUAAAAAUGUACUACAAUACUACAUGAUGUUAUUCUUGAAAUUUCUGGCUGGAUAGAGAGUAAACAAGGUGGUCUGUUAUGACUUUUGAUAGGUAGCUUAAAAUGCUUUUGUAUUUUGAAUAUUUAGCUUUAGAAUUUUUUUAUAUUGAUGUGAACAUUCAAAGUGAAGAUUGAAGAACCAAGUGUAAGGUAUUUUUUAACUGAAUUAUUGAGGCACAAAAAGUAUUUAUCAGAUGUUUUAAGCACUAAAGGGAAACAUGCACAAAUAUUUUGAAUUAUAGAUGACUAUAUUACUUUUUUUUGGAGGACAUUAGCUCAUUUUAUUUUCCUGCAGUAAUCAGAGAAGUCUUUGAUUUUAGUAUUUAUACAUGUGUACUCAGAUAAUGGAGUGGCAUUAGUGUGUUUUUGAGGAAGUCCCUAUUCUCCUGGCACAACAUAUAUCUUUGCCUCAAGUUCAUCACAUUUUAAGUUUACCCUUCAUAAAAUAUUUGGAAGUAAAUACACUCUUCUCUUUUUGGAGCCUUUACAUAAUUGUUAGAAGCAAAGCAUUUCUUCUCAUGUCUUUGCAUAUUCGUCCUAAAUGAAGACAAAUUUCUUUGCCUACUUUAAUCAUUUCAAAAUUCCCUUAGUUUUCAUAAUUUUUCAUUGAUAUCAAUGAAUUUUUAAACAGUUUUCCAUUAGUUUUUCUUUAUCAAUUUUUUUUAGUGGCAAAUGACUGUAGGAAUUUAAGGCAAUAUUUUUUUUUCUGUGCUUUUAAAUUUGCAUUGUACCUGUCACAGUUUCAACUUGCUUUUGUUCAGAUUAAAAUUGUUUUCCAAAUUUACCAUGUGUAUUGAGAUUUGGUAAUGAGUAGCGUAAAUAUAAAUGAUAGCUAUCUCACUAGAAAAAUGGUUAAUAAUGACAUUAUAAGAUAUUGUUAGGUGGAAGUAUAACAAGUGCAGACUUUGUAUCUCUAAUGUGAAACAUUGAUGCUGUCAAGGAAUAUCACACAAGUUUAGCAUUGUACAAAUUACAGUAUUUUACUGUAUUUUUUAUUUCCCCAUUUCAGCUAGCAUUUUACCAUUUAUUCUGUAUUUAACUAGCUGUCAGUUUGGCUAUAGUGAAGUUAAUAUUCCCCACGAAACUUACUGUUAGAUUACUUUACCCGGGUGGAUUGCCUUUCUGUUUUUUGGGCAAAUUUAUAAUGUUAAGUCUGUUGUAAAUUUGUUGCUAGGAAGGAGUAAUUUCCCCAAGGGAACCCACUAAAAUGGUUGUACGGUUUUCAAGUAUAAAAGGUACAAAAAUGAACUUUUAUCAUCAUGGUUUGAUUAAAAAGUAAUGGCUUUUAUAAGUUUUUUCCUAAAUUAUAGAAUUAUUUGCAACUGCCACAAUCUGUUCUGUCUGUUAAAAGUAAUUUGUGGUAAGGUAUUGGUGUGUGUGCGAGGUUCAAUAUAUAUUCUUGAGAUUUCAAAGGGUUUUCACCAAUUUCCAUUUUUCUCUCGGAGGAAGAAACCUCUAGAUUUGCUGCAAUAAUAAGCUCAAAUUAAAUAUGCAGAUAUAAUUAAUACCUUACUUGGAGUGUUUCGGAUUAUAACCUGCCAUACAUUUUUUUUGUAGUUUAAAAACGACUGUAACAUGUUUAAAAGAUCGGCCAAUGUAUUAGUCGUUGCCAUAAAUUUGUACUGGUGCAGCUGGUCGCAAGGAGUCGAACAGUAAUGAUGGUGUUUAUUUAUACGUGUGUGUAAGCUGAUGUUUAGCAUUUGUGUCUAGAAGGUAAAAAAAUAUAGUUAUUUCAUAUUUCUAUUAUUGUUAUUUACUGUAAAUAUUAGUUGCAGAAAAGUGGUAAAUUAUAUUUAUUGUAUUUUGUUUACAUUAUAUAUAUACAUAUGAUGUAGUAAAAAAAUUUAUUUGCAAUUAUUAUUGCAGUCUGAUAUUUCAAUGAUUUUUGUCCUUAAUUUUUAUAUAUAAAUAUAUAAAGAGGGCUUCACUAAUUUGCUUACGGUCAUCAUGGACUUGAACAGUGCAGUUCUAAAUUCAAUGGAAUAAAUUUAAGCUUUACA